GCCCCUGUAGUUUUUCUUUCUGUAGUGUUUUCCUUUAGUUUCAGCUGUUCAUCUAUUAGUCUCUUUUAGUGUGUUUCUUUCCCCCCACCGGUUCUUUAGUUCUCCUUCCUCAGAUUAUUAGUUAGUCAUUUUGCUCUUCUUGCUUUUAGGUUUUGUCUUUAAUCUUAGGUCAUGUUAUUUUUCUUCCUCUUCAACUCACUGCCCUCUCCUUGAUUAGUAAUUGAGUUCACCUGAUUUCUCUCCCCACACACCUGCAGCUUAUCUCCCUCUCAUCCUCCCCAGUGUAUAAAACCCUGUCUGUGUCUCAAUGUUUUGUCGGUUCAUUGUUCGUGUCAGCCUCGUCUCGUUUGCUCGCUAGCUUCUAGUGUCUCUAGUUCUCUAGUGUUUUUGGAUCUCUAGUUUUUGUCAUUUGGAUUUGUGGUUUUUGGCUCCCUGCCUUCUUUGAUUACUCCUAAAUAAAGGAUUUUUAUUUCAUCUUCCACCUUUGCCUCAUUCAUCUGGUUUCUGCAACUUGGGUCCUAAACUUCCUCCUGCCCAACUUGUGACAGGCACUGAAUGAAGGCAUUGACUAUGGAGAGCAGCUUGUAGCAAACAACCCAGGCUGGAUGCUGAUCUCUCAGUAAUACCUGUCUUACCGUCAGCUGUCUUCUACACGUAGAAUGUCUACAGAGGCUGGGGAGGGUCACACAUCUCUGGUGAAGGAGCUGAAGCGAGACCAGAAAGAGAAGGCUGGAGUGGUCGUGCUGUCUGUGGGAGGCAAAGGCUUGCUGAACGCAAUGGUGGAGGGACUCCGCCGCGCCGGCUGGGCUGACGUACCAGUUGUAGCCAUGGAAACCGAGGGAGCACACAGCCUCAAAGCAGCCAUGAAUGCUGGGCGGCUUGUAACUUUACCUGCAGUUACAAGCACAGACAAAACAACUGGUGGAGGAGCACACGGUUUUCUCAGAGGCCUCCGAUCAGGAGGCUGUGAAAGUUGUUGAACGUUUUUAGAUGAGAAGAUCCUGGUGGAGGCUGCCUGUGGUGCUGCUCUAGCAGCUGUGUACAGUGACGCUAUCAAAAGACUGCAGGGUGAGGGCAAGCUGGCUCUGCAGCAGGAGCAAGGCCCAGUGCUGGUGGUCGUGUGUGGGGUAACACCAGCACAGAGCAGCUUCAGAUGCUAAAGAAACACACGAGUGUGGCUGCUUGGUGGAUUUUUGGGUGCUUUAAAUGUGUUUAGAGUUACGUAGUGAAAGAUUCAUUAACACAGGACAAAAGCUGUACAUGAAGACAUUUCUUUAUUAUGACACAGAAAUCUCAAAUGCCAUUCAAUUCUUUACAUCUGUAGAAUCCAUUUUAGAUAUGUUACGUUUCUCAUGUGCAGAGGUAAGACAGUAAAAGUUAAGUUAAUGCAACCAUAAAUAAUUGUAAUAAAUAUCAAGUAAAUGUACAGCACACGUUUAAUCGCAA